CCCUUCCUUGUUUUCAGCACCCUUAGCUUAGAUUUCGGCCUCUUGAAUUUGAGGUUUUUCCUCCUCUCUCAACCAAUCCACUUUCAUGUCUCUAAUCCCUCAAUAUUCUCCUUUUCCAUCGCGAACAAGCAAACACCCAAUUCCCCACUGAAUAACUUUCUUUUCCCAUUCAACUCCCCUUCACCAUUUUCUCUCAGGUUCCUAUCCUUUCCUUCCAUCAUGCUCUCUUCCCAUUAACAGGUACAAAAUAUUAACAUGUGGAUCGUCUCUUCUAAAUAUUUUAAAAAUUUUACCUGUUGAUGGCAGAAUAAUUCAAUGUUCAUAAACAAACUACAAUCCCAUCGUAACAUUUUCCAUCCUCUUUCCUCUCAAAUCACAUUAUAGCUUUUGCCUUGCGCUUGUGUCUGUGAUAUUCGAGGCUAUAUAUAUAUAUAUUGGUUGAAAGGAUCAGGGACGUGAGAAAAAUGGCUUUCCGGAGUCAAUCUCUGGCGAAUCCCGUCACGCAGCCUUUUGCCGAGAAGAUAACCGAUGAUCCCAUCACACAUAAAACCGCUCACAGCACCGUCACAUGCGUAUACCAGACGCACAUUGCAGGAUUUUGGCGAAAGGUGACGGUACUCUGGUCCAGGAAUCUCAUGAACCAUUCUUUAACCAUUAUGGUCACCAACCUGGAAGGCGAUUUUCUUUACACCUGCAAGAUUGAUCUUAAGCCGUGGCACUUCUGGAGCAAAAAAGGGUACAAGUCAUUUGACGUUGAAGGAAACCAUGUGGACGUCUACUGGGAUCUCCGCUCUGCAAAAUUCAGCGGCGGCCCUGAACCCUGCGCGGAUUUCUACGUCGCCAUAGUUUCCGACGAGGAGGUCGUCUUGUUGUUGGGGGACUACAAGAAGAAAGCAUACAAAAGGACGAAAUCCAGACCGGCUUUGGUCGAGGCAACUCUGUUUUACAAGAAAGAAAACGUAUUUGCCAAGAAAAGUUUCUCGACGAGAGCCAAGUUCGACGACAGGAAAAAGGAGCACGACAUUGUUGUGGAAAGCUCGACGACUGGGCCGAAAGAUCCAGAAAUGUGGGUUAGCAUAGAUGGGAUUGUGAUGAUUCAUGUGAGAAAUUUGCAGUGGAAAUUCAGGGGGAACCAAACUGUGGUGGUGGAUAAGCAGCCGGUUCAGGUGUUUUGGGAUGUCCACGAUUGGCUGUUCAAUAGCCCUGGUACCGGACAUGGAUUGUUUAUCUUCAAACCAGGGUUAGCAGAAGAAAGUGACGCCGAAGGAAGCGUGAAUGGAGAUAGCGAUACCAGUACUGGAUCCAGGUAUUACUCCACCAGAAGUUGCACUACUGCAGCUGAAUUCUGCCUUUAUCUCUAUGCUUGGAAGCUGGAGUGACAUAAACAUAUAUUUGUAUAUGUAUAUAUGUAUGGAUAUACAUAUGUACAUUUGUUUCCCUGUAAGUGCACUUGUUUGGAGAUUGGUAUAGAUGGUAGAAACUGACUUGCAGGGUUGCUAACGAUCAUGAUCAUGUAUGGCUUCAAUUACGCCAAAAUUGUGGAGUUAGUGGUGUUGUUGGGUGUAAAUUUUCUUUUUUUUUUUUUUUUUUCUAUUUCUAUUUCUCUCAGAUAAUCACAUUACUUUGUACUCAAAAAAGGGGGGGAAAAAAAAAAGAACAAAAAAAGUUAUGCUGCAAGCUCUGCAGACUGC